AUGGGCUCGGAGGUGGCGCAGCUGCUGGAAGCCGCCGACUUCGCGGCUCACAAGCACCGGAGGCAGCGGCGGAUGGACCCCGAAGGGACCCCGUACAUCAACCACCCCAUCGGAGUGGCUCGGAUCCUGACCCACGAGGCGGGGAUCACUGACAUUGCGGUGUUACAGGCCGCCCUGCUCCACGACACGGUGGAGGACACGGACACCACCCUGGACGAGCUGGAGCUGCGCUUCGGGGCGCGGGUGCGGCGGCUGGUGGAGGAGGUGACGGACGACAAGACGCUGCCCAAGCCCGAGAGGAAGCGGCUGCAGGUGGAGCACGCCCCCCACAGCAGCCCCGGGGCCAAGCUGGUGAAGCUGGCGGACAAGCUGUACAACCUGAGGGACCUGAACCGCUGCACCCCGACGGGCUGGUCGGAGCACCGGGUCCAGGAAUACUUCGAGUGGGCGGCGCAGGUGGUGAAGGGGCUUCAGGGCACGAACCCGCAGCUGGAAGAGGCGCUGAAGCAGCUGUUCAGGGAGCGGGGGCUGGCCCUGUGA